UCUUUCUCUAUCCAGGGAUUAAUUCUCUCCUCCCCUUCAAGCAAAGUUGUUUCCUCUCUAUCUUCACCUUUUCUUUAUUCUUUCUUUCUGUUGGUUUCUGGGUUUCCGUGUAGCUUUUUGAGAUCCACUUCCACUUCACCAAAAAUGGGGUAUUCCCCAAGUAGUUGUACUGACUCUUUGGAGGAGCGUUUUCACAACCCACACUCCUCAAAGACUCAAAAUUUAGCCAUUAAAACUAAUCACUAUGAGCUAAAGAUUAAAUCUUUAAUCUACAAAAUGAUUUGGGAUUUCGGAUUAGCCUGUAUUAUCCCACCUCGUAGACGUCGAAAUUCUGUAAUCAAGAAUCAGUGCAAAAAUAAAGAUUACGAAAAUGGCAAAAAUUUGGAGCAUAACAAAGCUUGGUUACUUGCAGAGGCUGGAGGGUGUGGUGGUCCAGAGUUGAUUAAUGCGGACCCGCAUUCUGUUCACUCUUCUUUUAGGUUCAAUUUAUGUACUCAAGUUGAGCUUGAUGAGUCAAUGAAGUUGGAAAAUAGCUGUUCUUCUUCUUCUGCUACUACUACUGUGUUAAUGGUGAAUUUGGAUAAUGGGUUUACUGAUCUUAAUAAAUCUGAUCAAGAGCUGAAAUUUAGGAAAGUUGAGUCUUUAGAGAGGAAUAUUUCUCCUGUGGUUCAUUCCUUGAUUAGGUUCAGCUUUAAUGAGAUUGCUUCUGCCACUAAAAAUUUUUCCAAAGGAAGAGUUUUGGGAAGAGGAGCAUUGAGCUAUGUAUUCAGAGGAAGAGUGGGAUUUUUGAGGACAACAGUGGCAAUUAAGAGGUUAGAUAUGGAGGACAAGGAGUCUCCAAAGGCAUUUUGUAGGGAAUUGAUGAUUGCUAGUUCUCUUCAUAACCAAUACAUUGUUCCUCUUGUGGGUUUUUGCAUUGAUCCAGAGGAGGGUUUAUUUUUGGUGUACAAGUAUGUAUCUGGUGGAAGUUUAGAGCGGUAUUUGCAUGGAAAGAAGAGGGGAGUUAAAGGUGGUCCAGCACUUACAUGGUCUGCUAGGUAUAAGGUGGCUGUAGGAAUUGCAGAGUCAAUUGGGUAUUUGCAUAAUGGGACUGAGAGAUGUGUUGUUCACAGAGACAUCAAGCCCUCAAACAUUCUUCUUUCAUCAAAGAAAACUCCCAAGUUGUGUGACUUUGGCUUAGCUACAUGGACUCCUGCACCUUCGGUACAUUUCCUUUGUAAAACUGUAAAAGGAACAUUUGGGUACUUAGCCCCAGAGUAUUUUCAGCACGGUAAAGUGUCUGAUAAAACCGAUGUUUAUGCUUUUGGAGUUGUCCUCUUGGAGCUAUUAACGGGACGGAAGCCAAUUGAAGCGAAAAGAGGGCCAGGAGAAGAAAACUUGGUUUUGUGGGCAAAGCCACUAUUGCAGCAAGAUGUUCUUGAAAAAUUUCUUGAUCCAAGACUUAAAUUUCCUCGAAAGAAUGUACACCAAAUAUCUCGGAUGGUUCAAGCAGCAACUGCAUGUAUACACACUGAAGAAUCUCGAAGGCCCGAUAUUGAUGAGAUCAUCGACAUAUUGAGAGGCAGAGAACCUGAUUCGUUCAGGCGGAAGAAUACCAUUUUACCAAGUAACAGCUGUGUGAUUGACUCCCAAUUGCAGCAGACUAGAAACGAAAUGAAGAGUCAUUUAGCCUUGGCGAUGCUAGGAGUUGCAGAUUUUGAGGAUGAUGACCUUUAUUUCGUUGAAACAAGAAGUUGAAUGUGAAAGUUUUUAUCCUUGUUUGCCAUUGCCCCAUUCAACUUGAAAGGGAGGAGAAUUAUAGUGUGACAACUGAUAAGCUCGUUAACUUUGUAGAUAAAAGAGUCAUCCUGAUCGAUGAAUUCUGUGUUUGUACAUACUGGUUUCUUGUCCCCACUCUAAGGAAAAACUAAGACAGUUUCUGUAUUUCAAGAUUAGAUAGGAAAGUUGCGCAACAUUGUUUUCUUCAUUGCAAGUUAGUCUUUCCUUGGACAUUCUAAGUGCCAUGUAUUUUAGCUAUAAUCAGCCAACUUUAGAUAUGUAAUUUUGUAUUACUACUUGGUUAAUAGAAGAGUACAUAGGUGGGCAGUUUUUAUCA